GCGGCUCAGGCCGGCUGACUGCGCUCUGCCCUCCAGGUCACUGCAGCGGCCUCUGCGGAUCAGCCCUGCGUCCUACUCCCCGCAGCUCCGCGUCCAGCAGCCCCGCUCCUCGCAGCCCGGGUUCCGCGCGGGGCGGAGCUCCGCGGGUUUGAGCACCUGCCGAUCGCGCGCCCAGCUGGACCUGGGCGCCUGCGGCGUGCGCGCCCCUGGGCCCGCUGGUCGGGGGUGCUGACCGCCACGCAUUCCACCCCCACUGGCUGGAGUGGCUGACCGCCCCGCAGGCCGCCGCCGACCUCCCCGCCUUCCACCCCACCGUCCCUUGCUGACCACCCCGGGCCCCCCAACUAACAGUCCCGCGGGAUGGCGCCCCUUCUGCGGGGGCCGCACUGGGGCCCGGUGCGCAGGGCGGUCUGCCUGGUGGCGGCGGCGUGCGCGCUCCGCGCCCUGUACCCCGCGCUGCGGCGGCGGGGGCGCGCGGGCCGGGCGGGGGCUGCGGGGGCCCCGGAGGGCACGGGGGGUCGGCGGCGAGCGCCGGGCGUGGACGCCGAGUUCUUCCGGCAGUUGCGGGCGCUGCGCCCUGUGCUGUUCCCCGAGCUGGCGGGCGCCGAGACCGGCUGGCUGUGCUUGCACUCGCUGGCGUUGGUGUCCAGGACCUUUCUGUCCAUCUACGUGGCCGGGCUGGACGGCAAGAUCGUCAAGAGUAUCGUGGAGAAGCGGCCACGCGCUUUCGCGCUGCAGCUGCUGCGCUGGCUGCUGGUGGCCCUGCCCGCCACCUUCGUCAACAGCGCCAUCCGCUUCCUAGAGGGCCGGCUGGCGCUGGCGCUGCGCUCGCGGUUGGUGGCCCACGCCUAUGACGCCUACUUCUCGCAGCAGACCUUCUACCGCGCGCUAAGCAUGGACGGCCGGCUGCCUGGGGCCGACCAGGCGCUCACCGAGGACCUCAUGGCCUUUGCGCAGUCCGUGGCGCACCUCUACUCUAACCUCACCAAGCCGGUGCUGGACGUGGUGCUCACGGCCUACACGCUGAUGCGCACGGCCACAGCGCGGGGAGCCAGCCCGGUGGGGCCCACGCUGCUGGCCGGCCUGGUGGUAGGCGCAACGGCCCGCGUGCUGCGCACCUGCUCGCCGCGCUUCGGGGCGCUGGUGGCCGAGGAGGCGCAGCGCAAGGGCCGGCUGCGCUCGGUGCACUCGCGGAUCAUUGCCAACGCAGAGGAGAUCGCCUUCUACCGCGGACACAAGGUGGAAAUGAAGCAACUGCAGAAGAGCUACGGGGCUUUGGUGGACCAGAAGAACCUCAUCCUGUCCAAGCGUCUGUGGUACGUCAUGAUCGAGCAGUUCCUCAUGAAGUAUGUUUGGAGUGGCAGUGGGCUCAUCAUGGUGGCUGUGCCCAUCAUCACGGCAACCGGCUUUGCAGAUGGCGGGGUGUGUGGUGUGCUUGCAGAUGCAGAGGACGGGCAGAAGCUAACCAUGGUCAGUGAGCGGACGGAAGCCUUCACCACCGCUCGGAAUCUACUGGCCUCCGGGGCAGAUGCUAUUGAGAGGAUCAUGUCCUCCUACAAAGAGGUCACUGAGUUAGCAGGCUACACUGCUCGCGUGUACAACAUGUUUUGGGUGUUUGAUGAAGUGAAAAGAGGUGUUUACAGGAGGGUCGCCGUCAUGCCGGAGUGUGAUACUCAUGGCAAGGAUGCCUCUGACACAGAAGUCCUGCUCAGCAGCACGCUGCCCAUCAGAGGAAAAGUAAUCGACGUGGAUCACGGAAUUAUUUGUGAAAACGUUCCCAUAAUAACACCUACGGGAGAGGUGGUGGCUUCUAGCCUAAAUUUCAAGGUGCAAGAAGGGAUGCAUCUUUUGAUCACGGGCCCCAAUGGCUGUGGGAAAAGCUCUCUCUUCCGCAUCCUGAGUGGGCUCUGGCCGGUGUACGAAGGCGUGCUCUACAAGCCACCCCCCCAGCACAUGUUCUACAUCCCGCAAAGACCCUACAUGUCUCUGGGAAGUCUGCGAGACCAGGUCAUCUAUCCCGACUCACUGGAGGACAUGCAGGACAAGGGCCUCACUGACCAGGAUCUGGAGAGCAUACUGCACAGUGUCCACCUCUAUCACAUCGUCCAGAGGGAGGGAGGCUGGGAUGCUGUGCUGGACUGGAAGGACGUUCUGUCUGGAGGGGAGAAGCAGAGGAUGGGCAUGGCACGCAUGUUCUACCACAAGCCCAAGUAUGCACUGCUGGACGAGUGCACCAGUGCUGUGAGCAUCGACGUGGAGGGCAAGAUGUUCCAGGCAGCCAAGGGUGCUGGCAUCUCCCUGCUGUCCAUCACGCACCGGCCCUCCCUCUGGAAGUACCAUACUCAUCUCCUGCAGUUUGAUGGGGAAGGAGGCUGGCGCUUUGAACAGCUGGACACCACUAUCCGCCUAACCCUGAGUGAAGAAAAGCAAAAGCUAGAAUCACAGCUGGCAGGGAUCCCCAAGAUGCAGCAGAGACUCAACGAGCUAUGUAAGAUCCUGGGUGAAGACUCUGUGCUGAAAACCACCCGAAAGGCAGAUGAGACAUCCUAAUAGGCUGAUAUGUGCCCAAAAGUCCCUCUUUAGGCUAAGGACCCAGGGCCACUGUGUUCACUGCAUGUACCCUAUUAAGCUAAGCACCAGAGGCUGAGGCAGCAGGAAGUGUUUCAUGAGAUAUUAGCACCUGGGGAAAAACAUGACCCGACUUCUCACAGAAAAACAAACACACACAUUGUGUAGGGUUAGUCACCACACUGACACUGACUCCUGGCCGAUUCAGCUGUGAAACAGGAUUUCUUGGGUGAAUGCUUGGUGAGUACUAGGCUGGCCAGAGUGCAUGAUGUAUGGGAAGGGCUUACUGACAUGGGAGGCACCUCGAGGAGGUCGACUCACAGCAGCGCCUGGGCAUGAGAUGGCAGGUCGGGGUCUCCUGCCAGCCCUCUCUGUUACCAAAUGACUGAAACUUCUCUCCGUUGCCACCCCCUCACUGUUCGCAUGUCAGGUGAGCCUGAUUACGGAAUGGCUGACAAGCACUUUCCAUUUAGAAUGGAUUUCCCAAGGGCUGUGGCACAAGGGGAGAUGGGUGGCACACACAGGGAGCACCCCCUUUCAUUUUAGAUGCUGACCGUCUUGUGUGAGCCUAUCGUGAACUAGUGUUAGAGAACCAUCCAUAUGCGUAGUCCCUGAGCUCUCCUUGUGUGAGGAAAGCUGCCAAGACAAAGGAGUGUCCUGUGCUGGUCUCAGCCCAGCCGACUCCUUGCUGGCAGCAUCAUGACUUCAGUGUCUGUCCAGAAAGGAGCUUGUUUCUGUGCCUAGAGGAGGGACCAUGCAGUUCUGAAAUAGCAGUACCAUCAUGGGACUCAGCCAUGGUUCAGAAUCUUGGGGCAAGAUCCCCUAGAAGGUGCCUUUGGACUCCAGCUCAGUGCACUCAGUGCAUCUAAGCCGUGUGGCAGUCUUGGGGAGCACAUGUCAUGCUUCCUCAUUUUGAGAAAGCUGUUGCUCAGACUUGCCUGAAUGAUGGGAUCCAUCGAGGCACUACUUCUGGAAUCAAGGAGUCCCCAAUCAGUGCUAAUUCCACUCGGACUUGUGAACUCUAACUGGGUUUCUCUACCCCAGCAAUACAAGUUGGGCUAGAUGGGAAACAAAAGCAAAUUUGGUGGUGGUGGUGUUACUGUCAGCUGACCAUUGUUUACAAAGUGGGGUGGGGGUGUGGGACUAAGGAUGAAGGAAAAGAGGUCGGUCUAUGGGCUGAGACAGCAGAAAAGUCACAAACCUUCCUGCAGCAACAGACACUUCUGUGACCAGCAGCCAGAGGGCAGCUCACUGCACCACAGACAGAGCAGAAAUCAGUGUGGAAAGCUCCCAUGAGCCAGUUCGGACACAGCCCUCACUUUCCAGAGCUUGGUGGCACUGUCGCCCACAGCCCCUGCGAGCCCAUCUUAGCAGAUGGGGCCUGAGCAGUGUCCCUGUGUGGAUUUGCCUGUGACGGAAUCCCAGUCCUCACCAACACCCUGGUCUCUCCAUUCCCAGGCAGAAUGCCCAAACCGUCUGUGGUCGCGUGUGGGACUUCACACAAUUGCACAUGUCACAUCUGCCAUGCCAACUGGGUGCUUUUCACAUUUUAUUUUAAUGAAAGAAAGAGACCAGAGCACCACUCAGCUCUUAUGGUGGUGCCUUGGUUGAACUUGGUGCCUUGGGGGCCUUCAGCACACAUCCUGUGCUCUGAUAUGUGGAGCUAUCUCCCAGUCUCUGGGAUGCUUUUAAUUACUCACAAAUGCAGGCAGGAGCCGUCUGUGAAGAAAUGCAAUAUAAAAUCACAAUCAGCACUUCCUUUUUUUUUUUCUGUUAGUAUUGCUAGCUACUCACUUCUUCACCUGUCAGGCACUACUAUUUCCUACUUGAAAAUGAAGACAGGUGUCAAAAGGUUUGAGAAGCAGGUGGUACAAAACAGACUGUAGAAAAUUAGUCUCAACUUCAGUGCUAGCAAUGAUUCCGGUUAGACUGCUAUAACGUCUGAAACAAGUGUCUUAUGUCAACUUUUAAAGGUACAAGAAAAUGAAAAGUCCUCAUUUCAAAUGUGUACAUAAUGUUUAUGCCUUAAUUUUAUAGUUAGGAAAACAAAAGUGUUUAGGGUCCUCUUUGUUGACUUUUAACAACAGUUAGGCUUGUAACUAGCCCUUACUGAUAAUGCUAAUGGAGCUGAAGUCUACAAACUCCUUGGCCACGCACAGGAUUCAGGGAUGUGUGAAAUGCUGUGCAGACACUGUACAACCAGCAGUGCAAAUGUUCUAGUUACAAGAGAAAUGUGUUUCUAACAGCUUUUUUUGUGCCUGUUUAUUUUCUGGAUUUUCUUGGGCCAGUGUCGCCACACCUGGAGAGAGGGGGGAAGGUCUGGGACUUGUUUUGUAUUUACAUUCCAUGUAAUUGUCCCUACAGUGUCCAUGUUUGACUAAUCUUAGAGUUCUAGCUUAUGAAAGAGGAGCAAGAAAUUAAAUAGCCACUUUUGAAGAUAGCCAAGAAUGGAGGAAGAAAUAUUUACCAUGUUACCUGCCCACAAUUUUGACUUGUUUUGUUAUAUAUAAAUUGGGUGGCAGGUGGUGGCACCCUUGGUUAAGUGCACACAUUACAGUGAACAAAAUCUGGGUUCAGGCCCCUGGUCCCCACCCACUGGAGGUGGGGGGAGGGGUUCAUGAACAGUGAAAGCAGGUCUGCAGAUGCCUGUCUCUCUCCCUCUCUACUGCCUGCUCCCCUCUCAAUUUCUUUAUGUCUCUAUCCAAUAAAUAAACAAACAAAAGAAAAAAUAGCUAUAAAUUUUGGAAGCUUGAUUUGCAAAUGUACAUCUUUGAUAAGUUUUAAACUUGGAAAACAAACUGCAUCCUAAAAAGAUGCUGCUCAUGCUAUGAAACUAUGUUAAUGCCAAGUAUGAGUCUAAAGUGUUUAUUCUCAUAAACAAGAUGAUGUGUAAAAGCUCCUCUCCAGAAAUCUCAAGGAUGAGAUAACUUGAAAUCUGACUUAACUUGACAUCUGUUUACAAUGAGCUUAUCUUUCCCUUGGCAGCAAUUUUGUCUUUGUGUCAAAUUUUGGUCAGUUGGUAAUAAUAUACAUGGACAUUUUUCUAGUUGAGAAUUUGGUUUCAAAUGUGAUUUCAUAUUUGAACUAGGCUUGGCUUAUUAAAAUAUCUUUGGAAUAGUUUUUCUACUCCAUAUACCCAGAAAAAUGUGUUACAGUUGGGGGUCCAGCCCCAGAGAAUGUUACCUACUUCUCAACUGUGCAGAAAGUGAUCGUAAUGAUUAAACCACUUGAUAAAA